CCCUGAUCUAUCGAUAUGAAGGUUCUCGCCGUUUUGUACAAGGGUGGUGAAGCCGCCAAGCAGGAGCCGCGUCUACUCGGGACGAUUGAGAACCAGCUCGGUAUCCGUGAAUGGCUCGAGUCUAAGGGUCACACCUUUGUCGUCACUGAUGACAAGGAGGGCGAGAACAGUGUAUUCCAAAAGAAUAUCGUCGAUGCCGACAUCCUGAUCACUACUCCCUUCCAUCCCGGUUAUCUGACGGGCGAUCUGGUCGCUAAGGCGAAGAACCUUAAGCUCUGUGUUACGGCUGGUGUCGGAUCCGACCACAUUGACCUGAACGCCUGCGUCGACCGCAAGAUCCAGGUCCUCGAGGUUACUGGUUCCAAUGUCGUCUCUGUCGCUGAGCACGUUGUCAUGUCCAUCCUUCUCCUGGUCAGGAACUUCGUCCCUGCUCACGAGAUGAUUGAGCGCGGUGACUGGAUGGUUUCUGAGGUUGCACGGAACGCCUACGACUUGGAGGGUAAGGUCGUCGGUACCAUUGGUGCUGGUCGUAUCGGUUACCGUGUAUUGCAACGUCUGGUGCCUUUCAACUGCAAGGAGCUCUUGUACUACGACUACGCGGCUCUUCCAGCCGAUGCUGCCAAGGCUGUCGGUGCUCGCCGAGUCGAGGACUUGAAGGACUUUGUCUCUCAAUGCGACGUUAUCACCGUUAACUGCCCACUGCACGAGGGUACUCGUGGCUUGGUUAACGCCGAGUUGCUCAAGCACGCGAAGAAGGGCCUGUGGAUCGUCAACACCGCCCGUGGUGCCAUCUGCGACAAGGACGCCAUCGCUGCCGCUCUCAAGGCUGGUCAGAUCAACGGUUACGCCGGUGACGUCUGGAAUGUGCAACCUGCACCCAAGGACCACCCCUGGAGGACGAUGAAGAACCCCAUUGGUGGUGGCAACGGUAUGGUACCCCACUAUUCGGGAACGACCCUGGAUGCCCAGGCCCGGUACGCUGCGGGCACGAAGAGCAUCCUCGAAAACUUCUUCAACGACAAGCCUCAGGAGCCCGCCAACAUCAUCGUUGGAAUUGGCAAGUACGAGACCAAGGCUUACGGCCAGCGUUGAGAUUGGAGUCUCGGGGUGUACUGCAUUUGUGCCUCAUUCUACCAUCACAAAUGACGGUGAUUUGUAUGAGUAGCGCGAGUGGUGUAGCACAAGAUGUACCAUAUUUAUUAGCAGCAAAUCAAAAACAGAGUCCACUCUUC